AUGGCGGCGACUGCGAGGACUGUCAAGGAUGUCUCUCCUCACGAAUUCGUCAAUUCCUAUGCCGCUCAUCUCAAGCGCUCCGGAAAGGUGGAGCUCCCAGAGUGGACAGACAUUGUUAAGACUGGUGUUUUGAAAGAGCUUGCUCCUUAUGAUCCUGACUGGUACUACAUCAGGGCUGCAUCCAUGGCCCGGAAGAUAUAUUUAAGGGGAGGUCUUGGUGUUGGUGCCUUCCGUAGAAUUUACGGUGGGAGCAAAAGAAACGGAAGUCGACCCCCUCAUUUUGGGAAAAGCAGUGGAUCCGUGGCUCGGCACAUUCUGCAACAGCUGCAGAAAAUGAACAUUGUUGAGUUGGAUGCCAGAGGUGGGCGAAAAAUCACCUCCAGUGGCCAAAGGGACCUUGAUCAAGUUGCAGGACGAAUUGCUGUGGUUGCACCCUGA